CUUAAUCUGCAUUUUAUUUGUGUAUAUUGAUCAUAUUCUGAUAUUUGCAGAGCUUAAAAAGAACAAAAAAAGGUUAAAUUAAUUUAAGUUUCGGGCUCGAAAUUCUUCAGGGAAGAGAGGAAAUUCCUAAUAAACAACUCAGUCUUACAAAUGUCAUUUUCAUGCAGAGUAUUGCACAUUAUGCAAAGGGAUGCUCAGGAAGAUCCUGCAAUAUUUCCCGAUGCCCUACAUGCAAGGAGACUAGUUAAUCAUGUGGAUAGAAAAUUGGUUAAGCAGACAGUGAUGACAUCAGUAUAUGGUGUCACGUACAUUGGUGCGCGGGAGCAGAUAAAGAGAAGGUUGAAAGAAAGAAAAUCCAGUUUAGAUGAUGACGAACUCUUUGGCGCUUCUUGUUAUGCUGCAAAGGUCACCUUAACUGCCUUGGAGGAGAUGUUUCAAGGUGCACGGAAUAUUAUGAAAUGGCUUUGUGACGGUGCAAAAGUAAUUGCAUCUGAAAAUCAGCCAGUCCGUUGGACCACUCCUCUUGGACUUCCUGUUGUGCAACCUUACCGAAAACUUGGAAGGCAUAUUGUCAAAACUUCACUUCAGAUGUUGACAUUGCAGGAGAAACAAAUAAGGCAUCCCUAUUGA